UCACUCGCCAGAGUCCAACGGAGUCUUUCUUCCCCCCCUAGACUGGAGAUGCCGCAGUAGGGGAAGGGGGUGCUGAGUCGACUGUAGUGUACUGCGUUUCCUCCUCGUCGCUCUUCUUCUUAUCUCAUCCCCGACUCCGACGAGCCCCGGCGACCUACCGGCGAGGGAUGGCGGCGACGGCGACAAAGCUGAGCAGCGGCCACGAGAUGCCGGCCGUGGGGCUCGGCGUCUGGCGGAUGGACUCCGCCGCCGUCCGCGGCCUCAUCCACUCCGCCCUCCGCGCCGGCUACCGCCACUUCGACUGCGCCGCUGACUACAAAAACGAGGCUGAAGUUGGCGAUGCGCUCGCGGAGGCGUUCGAAACUGGGCUUGUCAAGAGAGAGGAUCUUUUCAUCACAACCAAGUUGUGGAACUCAGAUCACGGUCAUGUGGUCGAAGCCUGCAAGGAUAGCCUGAAGAAGCUGCAAUUGGAUUAUCUAGAUCUCUACCUUAUUCACUUCCCUGUAGCUACUAAGCAUACUGGAGUUGGCACAACUGGCAGUGCUCUUGGUGAUGAUGGUGUGCUUGAUAUCGAUACCACUAUCACAUUGGAGACAACGUGGCAUGCAAUGGAAGAUCUUGUUUCCAUGGGACUUGUUCGUAGCAUCGGAAUUAGCAACUACGACAUAUUCCUCACCAGAGACUGCUUGGCCUACGCUAAGAUAAAGCCCGCGGUGAACCAAAUCGAGACACACCCUUACUUCCAGCGCGACUCUCUUGUGAAGUUCUGCCAGAAGCAUGGAAUCUCUGUCACCGCACACACACCCCUGGGCGGCUCCACUGCCAAUACCGAAUGGUUCGGCUCGGUCUCAUGCCUCGACGAUCCUGUCAUCAAGUCCCUGGCUGAGAAAUACGGCAAGACGCCGGCCCAGCUGGUCCUCCGGUGGGGCCUCCAGAGGAACACGGUGGUCAUCCCCAAGACCUCCAAGGUAGAGAGGCUGGAGGAGAACUUUGCGGUCUUCGACUUCGACAUCUCCGUCGAGGACAUGGAGAAGAUCAAGGCCCUCGACCGCAACUACCGCACCAACCAGCCGGCCAAGUUUUGGGGCAUCAAUCUCUACGCUUGAUUCCACUGCAUGAUUUGCUUCCCUGACAUUACAACCAAUAAUAUGGGAGCUUGUCAUUAGCGUAAAUGAACUUUGAGUUAUAGAUGAUAUAUUUGCAGCACAAUUUACCAGGUUACCAUUCUAUUCGUGCUGAGCCAUGCCCGGUUCAUUCUCCCAGUUAUCUUCAGGACAACCAUACAAGGUUGAACUCCAUUCAACAAAUCAGUCCUGCCAAAUUAUUGGUCACACAACUUAAUCCUCUGUAUUUAGUUGAACUCUUUCAUUGCCUGGAAAGUGAAAACACAGCAUGUCUGGUUGAGCUUCA